CCCCUGCCCGCCGCGCCCCGCGCCCCGCCCCGCGCGCCCCGCCGCCGGGACAAAGCCGUCACCUUCUGCACGCACCGGCCGCGCCCCAAGCGCCCCGACUCCGCGGCCGCGCCCCGCGCUGCCCGCCCCGCGCGCCCCGCCUCCUACUACUCGGACCCCGGCCGCGACGACCAGCCCGUGCGCAAGCAGGAGCAGCCCCGCAGCGACUCCACCGACUCCGACCUCAGGUACUACUCCGAACCCGACGCCAAGUAUUUCGAAAUUGAUUACGAAUUUCUCAAAGAACUCCGUCGCAUCGCACGCAACAACUGCCCCAAGUGCCGCAGGAAACGAUCGAGACGGAAUGACCGCGGAGAAUAUAAGGAAAAGUCCUCAAAAGAUAAAACAAAGACACCGAGGAGUUCUCGGCUCAAGGAAAACUACGUGUACUGCAAUGGCAGGUACCACAGUGAGAAGGAACACUGUCAGCUUUGCUGCAGGGUCUGCAACCGAUCCACGGACACCCUCGAUUCCAUCGACGACGACCAAUACUCGAUGGUAUCGAAAAGUUACAGCCAACCUAAGAUCACAUCGCGAUCCAAAUCAACACCCAGAGGCUCACGUGAGCGAAAAAACUCGAUACAGUCAAAUAAAUCGGUAUCAUUCCUUGAAUCGAGUAACGAUGAAUCGAUUAGGGAAGAACCGAACUAUACGGCAAAAAGCUUUACGAAUGAUUUAAAGAAGUUUCUCUUGAAACCGUCAGCGCCGCGACAAAGUUUACGCGAUAAAUUCAUUACGAGUUUCAAACAGGAAUUCGAGGCAACAAAGAAGUCGCCAAAACUGAAAGCUAUAAAAGGUCUGUGGAAAUCUUAUUGAAACGCAGUGGUUGAGCAUUGACCAAAUAUUUGAUGCAAAUCAUUUACAAUUUUAUACAUGUGCCAAUUUUUACUGACAAUGUUUUUGUUUCACAAGUACCUAUAUAAAAUCGAAUCGAUAUCGAUGCUGUAAAAUGUAUAUUGACUUGAACUGUCGAUCUUUAUUUUAAGUUUAUUUAUUUUUAUGUUGGUGCUUUUUUACUUGACACUGCAGAUUUUCAAAUUAGUGUCAUGUCGUUCCUACGUACAUUUCGCUGGUAAUCAAUAAAAUAAAUGGAUUUAUCGACUUUUUAUAGACAGGAUAUGUCGCCAUGCCACUAAUUUGAAGUGUAGUUUCUAUAUUUCUUAUAAAACGUACGUGUUCAUAAUUGGUCUAAAGGAAACUGAAAUCCAAGGUUUCGGUGCUAGUGGGGAAAGCGUUAUACAACUUUACACAAUGUAUUAUACUUCACAUUAUACUCCGAUUAUAUAUACAUAGACAAAUAUAUACGUAUGUGUGCAAUAACUAUUGUAUUACGGGUCGGUUCGUGUUGCAUAGGAAGAAGAUGUGAUGGAAUAAAACUUUCUAAUCACCUUUUUAAAACUUUAUAAACAAGAGGGAGAAUUAUACGACAAACACCGAUAUGGCAUGACUUUCCGCGAUACCAAUGUAAUAUGAACCGAUCCCUAUAUUAAACACUGUUUUUCUUAAAUAUUUAUAAAUAAGUAUAAGAUAUUGAACUAUCAUCACUUUUUACAACUACUAUGGAAUUUAAUGCACAUGAUAUGAAUAAUCUUGGCCUAUACGCACGAACGUCACAAUAAUUAGAUAUUUCGGUCUAUCAAGAUGGUAAAUGGAUGUUUAAAAUAAGUAUGACAUUAAAUAUUAGAAGAAAAAAUUCGUAAAAAUCUUUUUAUUGUAUCUGUGAAUUAGAGACAUUGGACUGUUCCAUACUUAGGUACUUUGGUACAUUUGUAGGUCUUGAUAGUAUAUUUGGAACUUAGUGUGGGCCACUAGUAAUUGCAUGCGUCCUUAUUAUAUCAAAUCACAAGUCAAUUGAUCGUCAUAUCGUAAUAUGAAGAAUAUUAUUAAUUUCAGAGUAUAAUAAAAACGGUUGGAAAGUUAAACAAAAAGCCUCUUUAAAUAAAUAACGACAAGUAUAAUUUUCGAAUGUAUCUUUUUUAUAGAAUCAGAUGAAGGUAUAUGACACGUGUGUAAGCGCAAAUGGACUGAUUUAUUACGAAGUUGAAAUAUAAGUAUGUUUCUUUUUGCCUAUAACGUAAGGCUAUUAGAAAAACAUCCGAGAGUACAAUAUGACGCCCAUUGACUUGCCUAUCACUGAUAUAUAAUAUAGUAGUACCCUAGGGAUCACUUAGUGAUGAUAUAGUUACAUUUUGUUGUUUAUACAUAAAUAGUGUUUUAGCUAAAUAUAUAGACUUUUAUAUAGUCACUAUAUGCAUGAAUUAGUACCUAAACGGUGAUUUCAAAGUCCUAAUUGUGUAGGAGUAUUAAUUGUUUUGGGGUUGCCAUUUUUCUAAUGGGUAGUGUGGUCGUACGAAAAAAAAUGGUUUUUCAGUUACAUUUUAAAUCGUUUCAAAGAUGGAAAGUUCACAACGAACUAAAUACAUCGUCACAAUUUUAGUGUUGUGUUAAUUUCUAAUACAUAAAGUGUUGCCAAUUAUGUGUUUUAAUGACACAUUAUAUUUUCUGCCCCAAUUGUAGUUCUAAUAGUUUCUUAUACUUAUGUGAACAUUAGAUUCUGUAAUCUUGUCAAAUAUAGCGAUUAUUAUACUUCAUCGAUGAGGAGAGAUUGAAAAAAAGAGUUUAUCUCUAGCAGAUGGUCCAUAUAUUUGAUUAGAUUACAAAGAUAAAAGUUAUACGACUUCGUAAGACUGUAGUGCUACAUGUAGUAGUUGGUAUUGUAACGACGCCGUCUCGUAAACACGUGUUAUUUCUUUAUAGUUUCCAUUUAUUAUGUACAUAUUACUUCUCCUAUAGAGAAUUUACAGGCCUAUAUAUUAUAUUGUAUUGUAUGAAGUUUUUGUUAUGUGUGCUAAUACCCGGUUUCAGUAUUUAUUAGUUUCAUUUUUCUUAUGACCUAGCAGAAGUCUGAAUAUCAAAUUAGCUUUGGUUCAUUUAGAAAUCUGGCGUUAGCAUACUUUAAGUAUUAUUUAUCAUUAACUUGUCAUUAUCAAAGACCCUUUCAGGUGCCAAAUGAUUAAUUAUUUUGACCGGCUUUUUUGUACUGGACUUUAUUCGAUUGAAUUUGUAUCCGGGUGUCUACCGCAGGUUGUAAAACGAACGUCGAUCACCUAAUACAUUGCGGUUUUCCAACGGCAGUUUCUACAAUAAAUUUUAUUGCUCUAUACAAAUACCGCGAUGGAAGAAACUCCGCUUUCGAGCGACAAUGAAUAGAAACAGCCAAUGAGACGAGAUGUUUUGAAAUUGAAGCUUCAAACAUACAGCAAAAGUUCAUUUCAAGUUGACAUCAGAUGCAACGUGCACUAUUAUGCUGAAUAAUGGAAAUUAGACUUAAAUACAAUACUGAUAAUGACGAAUUCAUCUCGUCUCGUGGUAAAUUAGACAGUUAUUUUCGAAAGAUAUUGCGAUUAUUAUGAACUGAGCUGACUACUCCAUUGUUUGACGCGAUGUAAAGCGAUCUCAUUGAUAUUAUCGUGCGAUGAGGCUUAUUGACACAGAUUUUUAAUAAUUUUUCUGCACAUUUUAUUUGUAGUUUAAGUUUUUUGUACAGAUUUUUUGAUAAUACGUUGUUUCAAUGCUGAUAGAUUACAAAUGUAUUAUGGAUGGUUUGGAAUUUAGGCUCAGACAAUACUGGAUUAAUGAA